AUGGAUGUCAAGGAGGAAAGAAUAAUGAAUCAAUCUGCUCCAUCAGAGUUUUAUCUGCUGGAAUUCUCACAGAUUCGGGAACUGCAGAUUCUACACUUCUUUGGAUUCCUUGCUUUUUAUCUUGCUACAAUUACAGGAAAUCUUAUCAUCAUCUCUGCAGUAGCAUUUGACCACCACCUGCACACUCCUAUGUACUUCUUUCUGAUGAACUUGGCUAUACAGGACAUUGGCUCAGUUUCAGUCAUUAUCCCCAAAUCCAUGGCAAAUUCCCUCAUGAGUACCGGACACAUUUCUUACUCUGGCUGUGUUGCUCAAGUCCUCUUGUAUGUCUUCUUUGUAGCAUCAGAUUUCUCUCUUCUCACAGUCAUGGCGUAUGAUAGGUACAUUGCCAUUUGCAAACCAUUACAUUAUGAGAUCCUGGUGAAUAAGGAAGCUUGCAUCCAAAUGAUUGUUAGUGUAUGGAUCAUCAGCUUUCUCUAUGGAGUGUUACACACCGGAGGUACCUUUGCACCUAAAUUUUGCUCCAAUGUGGUUAAUCAAUUUUUCUGUGAAAUCCCACAUUUACUUAAGAUGGCCUGCUCUGAUUUGUACCUCAUUGAAAUGGGAGUUGUUGGGUUAAGUGUUGUCAUUGGGACAGGAAGCUUUAUCUUCAUCAUUGUAUCCUAUGUGCAAAUUUUUACUGCAGUUCUGAAAAUACCUUCUACUGAAGGAAGGCAAAAGGCUUUUUCAACUUGCCUUCCACACCUAUUAGUUUUCUCCCUAUUUAUAUUCACCGGAUACUUUGCUUACCUCAAGCCUGCCUCUAACACCCCAUCACAUCUGGAUUUGGCAUUUGCCAUGGUCUACUCCAUAGUUCCACCCUUGAUGAAUCCAAUUAUCUACAGCAUGAGAAACAGGGAGAUAAAAAAUGCUGUGUCAAAUCUAUUGAAUUUGAGGUUAUUUCCUUUGAAUGCCUUCUACAGUCUUAUGCUGCUGCAAAGGUGAUUUCUAUGUAUAACUCUUAUGAUAGAAAACUGGAUGUCUUAUAAGGAUCAGUUGAAGGAAUUGGAUAUGCUUGGUUCAGUGUUCUCUGUUGCUCAAGAAGGACAAGAGCCACACAAAUAGGUUCGAAUAAUAAGAUUUUGUAUAUUUUGUAAGUAGAUUUUGAUUUGGAAUUAGUUCCUGAUAGAACGAGUUGUUUGGCAGUAGAGCAGACUUUCUCAGAAGUGUGUUUCUUGAGAAGCCUGGGUGGCUGUUUGUCAGUGAUGUGGUAGUAGUGGGCUUCCUGCAUCGGCAAGAGAUUGUACAUGUACAAGAUAACCUUUGAAGUAGCCAACCAGGCAGUCAUCUAGGUCAUCAAGGUUAGGGGGGCACCAAGCUGAGCUCACUGGCUGGGUUUUUUUUAAUAUUAUGUACUGACUGCAGUAAGCUAGGGUGGCAAAAAGCAAGUGUUUAUAACCUUUCUUUCAAGAUUCUGUAAAUUGUAUGGGC